AUGUUCCCGGCGAGCAUGCCCCACGCGUGUCCGCAUCCUUACCCGCCAGCCGACAAGGCCCGGGAAGGCUGGCGGUUCCGUGCCGGGGGCUACCGGCCGGGGCCUCCCUCCUUCUUCCCGGGCAGCGGGAACCUCAGCGCCACCGAGUACUUCGACAGUUACCGGCGGGCGCAGCUCAUGGCCCUGUUGUCGCGGAUGGGUCCCCGGCCGGUCAGCAGCCGCGAUGCUGCGGUGCAGGUGAACCCGCGCCGCGACGCCUCGGUGCAGUGCUCGCUCGGGCGCCGCACGCUGCAGCUCGGACAGCACCGACCGGGCCCCGAGGUCCGGCCGGGUUCCCGCCAACCCUGCAGCCCCGCCGGCGCCCGGAGGCCCCCGCGCUCCUGGCGCACUGUCGCCGUGUACUCGCCGGUGGCCUUCUGUGGCCUCGCCUCUCCGCUGGAGGGCGGGCAGAAGCCCACCGAGGGAGAGCUGGGGCCGCCACCCGCGGGGACCUGGGAAUCGGAGCCAGGGAAGGAAGAGGUAGCAGCGAGGAAAGAUGUCCCCGAGCCGUGCAACAAAGCGGGCGACGUCCAGGACGAAGGGGAGGCCGGGCGGGAGCAGCCGCUGCAGGAGGACCCGGACAGUGGGGAGACCUCGCAGUCUGAGCCCCGGAGUCAGGAGAUGCGUCCUGCCGGAGAGGCGGCUCAGGACCCUGGUGACUCGAGAAACGGGGUCUCCCCGCAGAGCACCGAGCCGGACAAGGAGCGCCUGCGCUUCCAGUUCUUAGAGCAGAAGUAUGGCUACUACCACUGCAAGGAGUGCAAUACCCGCUGGGAGAGUGCCUACGUGUGGUGUGUGCAGGGCACCAGCAAGGUGUACUUCAAACAGUUCUGCCGAGUGUGCCAGAAAUCUUACAACCCCUACAGAGUGGAGGAUAUCACCUGCCAAAGUUGUAAAAGAACUAGAUGUGCCUGCCCAGUCAGACUUCGCCACGUGGACCCAAAACGCCCCCAUCGUCAAGACUUGUGUGGGAGAUGCAAGGACAAACGACUGUCCUGUGAUAGCACCUUCAGCUUCAAAUACAUCAUUUAG